AUGAAGCAGAAAAUGGAAAUGGUAGAAAGCUUGAAAGAAUUUCUGUUCCGUGUAACCGAACAAUUGUCAGACAGUGAUGAGGUACAACGGACUUCGGAAGAAUUCGGCGUUAAGCACGUUCAGUUUAGGAAUCAAGGAUUUCGACCUGAUUUCUUUGCUAUUACAGCAGAUGCUGUUACUACAGAAUGUUGCUUUUUAGAUGCUGCAGUUCAUCAGUCCUAUGACACUGUGACUGCCUGGUCGACUUUGACGAGCGCGAUGUUCAGUGCCGUUCGUGACGGAUACUACAAUGAACUUCGAAAACAGCGACGUGCAUCAUCAGCGUUACCACUCAUGAAAACCAGAAGUUCGCUGGAUACUUCGACAGAUGGCAGUAGUCGAGGAGACGCGGAUGAACACUCAAGGCGUGGAAGCAGGUCAAUUUCACCGAUGGAUUCAUCAGUUACGAAGGAAGAAACUGCUGAUGAGUCUAACAAAUCGGAUAAAUCAAGUAAUUUAUUACGCCCACAAUUACGUGGUUAUUGA